CUUGUUGAUUUCUCUUUCUUCAAUCUAACAAUAAUUUUUCCACAAAACUACGUAUGCAUCUCUUUUAUGUAAAACUGGUAUUCUUUUCUUUUACUGGGUGAUAUCUAUCCAUGAACAUCUUUUCCUUCGUCAAGGCUUCUAAAUUCGGUGGCGUAACCCUAUAGCUAACCCGUCAGCACUUGCUGGAAUUCUUUUUCUUUAUCCAUAGAGAUCGAGAUUGUGAGACAAGAUGGGUGAUGACGACAAGGACUCAGGGCACGAUGACAUGUCUGAUUCGUCUUGUAAUGCAACUGAGGAUGAAGAUGAAAUACGUAUACAAUUGGGUCCCAAGAUGAGCAUCAGAGAGCAUUUUGAGAAGGACAAGGAUGAUGAGAGCUUGAGGAGAUGGAAAGAGCAGUUGCUUGGAGGUCUUGAUGCCGCCCAUGUUCAAGAGCAUGAGGAAGCAGAUGUGAAGAUACUGAGCCUUACUAUCGUUUCUGAUGGUAGACCUGAUAUUGUUCUUGAGAUCCCAGAGUCUGGGAACCCCAAGGAGCGCCCUUGGUUUAUCCUAAAAGAAGGCUGCAAAUACCAUUUAAGAUUCAGCAUCAAGAUCAACAACGACAUAGUUUGUGGGCUCAGAUACACCAACACAGUCUGGAAAACUGGUAUCAAGGUUGAACACCGGAAAGAAAUGCUUGGAACCUUUAGCCCUCAACCAGAGCCUUACGAACAUGAGAUGCCCGAAGAGACAACUCCCUCUGGUAUGUUUGCUAGAGGAUCAUAUUCCGCAAAAACCAAGUUUGUGGAUGACGACAACAACUGCCACUUGGAGCUCAACUACGCUUUUGAAAUCCAUAAAGAGUGGGCCAACUAGACAUGACAACAAGGCUGGCCAGGGUGGCCAGGGUGGCUGGAUUUUGAUAAAUUCAAAACUUUUUUAGGCUAAUGGAUACUGUAUGCCCAUCUGCUAUAUAUAUGCCGAGUGUUAGCCGUUGGUUUCUCUAGGGUUUUAGAUUGUUGCAAGCCAUUUUCCGAAAGCUGGUUUUGGAGGGGCUAUUUGAACUCUCAAAAUGCAUGUAGUUAAUCAACAUUUAUUCAUUUAAGUUGGAU